GCAGAAGUGGUGAAUGUGUGCUCUUCUGCCUUCAGUUUACCCGCUGUUUGAUUGGAUUGAGACAGUGACUUUACCCAUCCCGUGUGCCAUAACGAAGAACGGGUUUCUUUUAUUUGUUUUUGACUUCAACUGACAGUAUGCACACGGAUAUAUUCGCCUUCUUUUGUCCCUGGUUUCUGGCUGUAUGAGCGGCUUGAGUGGGACUGACAGGCGGCUUUUUUGUGUGUGGCAUGUGAUACAGACAAGAGAGCGAGGCGUGUUCAUGUCUCACGGACGUUACCGGGAUAAAGAGAAGAGGAAAGAAGACGCAGAAAAGCCUUUCUUUCAUUUUCUACUGUCUGGAUGCGACUCGAUUGGAGGAUAUGACGGGGCAGCGCUGCCUGUGGAUUUUAUGGGGGUCUUGCUAGCUUGUUGAAUGGCGAACAGUUAAAAGAUUAGAUGAACAAUGACUUUUUGAGCAGAGCAUUUUCCCUGGAUACAUUAAUUUGUUUCCCCAUAGAAAACGUGCUGAUGUAUUUUGGUGAAGUGAGGGCCAACGCUGGUUUAACACAUUAAAACACGCAGGGAGGAUCAGUUCAGGCGCGGCCAGGGGAUCCAACAAUGCGGAUUACCACUUGACUGUUUGCCUUUGUGUCAUCACUGACGACUGCAUAAAGUUGAGAUAACCCUCACAAGACAAAUACCUGCUCAGUUAUCCACGCAUCUGCUGUAUUUUAUAGUCUCGGGGGAGAGAAGACAGUACGUGGAAGUGCAGUACAAACCCCACAUGUGCACAGGUUGACUGUGAGCCAGCAGACUGACUGGUAAAGGAGCAACAGGGACAACGAUGGCGAACGACUCUAUUCAAAGUGAUCCAGGUGGGCUCUCAGUUCUGGAGCAACUUGGUCUGGACCAGAACUCCGAUUUCUCUGACUCCAGUGUGCAGCAACUGCUGGACGAGCAGCGGGAAAGGAUCCGCAGAGAGAUCCGUAAAGAGCUGAAGAUCAAGGAGGGAGCUGAGAACCUGCGCAGGGCAACAACUGACAAGAGAAAUGCGCAGCAGGUGGACAAUCAGCUGCGGUCUUCUAAUCGCAGAUUAGACAGCCUUCACGCUCAGCUGCAGGAACUGGAUGCUCACAUUGUGGUGAAGGGAGGAGAGGAGAAUAAAGAUGAAUGUCCUCAGUCUCCUGGGUCUGAGAGUCGAACGUCAGCGCACAAGGAACGCAUCGCUGCCCUGGAGAGGCAGCUCAACAUCGAGCUCAAAGUCAAGCAGGGGGUAGAGAACAUGAUCCCCAUCUACUCCAAUGGAUCCACAAAGGAUAAGAAGAUGCUGCAGACGGCCCAGCAGAUGCUACAGGACAGUAAGACCAAAAUUGACAUCAUCCGCAUGCAAAUUCGCAAGGCUGUGCAGGCGACUGAGCACAAUGAUGACACACAGGGUAACCAUGACAUGUGUGGGGUGGAGCUGCGUAUUGAAGAACUGAGACAUCACUACAGGGUUGAACAUGCUGUCGCUGAAGGGGCCAAAAAUGUGCUACGGCUCCUGGGGGCCAGUAAGGUUCAAGACAAGAAAGCCUUGUCAGAGGCUCAAUCUCGUCUGAGCGAAGCAUCUCAGCACUUAGACCUGCUGAGGGACUCUUUGGACCAGCGUCUUGCAGAGUUGCCAGAGGACCAUCCCAAAGCCAACAUUAUCAAAGAGGAGCUAGUACUGGCCUCUUCUCCUGCCUUCAGCUCACGCCACGGAGCCCCCUACCUCCACAACCAGUACAGCACCCUCAACAAACCAUCACCUCUCACUGGGACCUUACAGGUGAAGCUGCUGGGCUGUGUGGGGUUGUUAGAGGCGGUUCCUGGUCGGAAUAAAGGGACUGCUGUCAUGCUUCCAUGCUACAGCCCGGGAGACACCCGGUCCUUCAUGAGAGGGAGUAAGGGACUGUACGGACGGAGCGGCUCAGUCAGUGGGAAGACUCCUAGCAAGACAGACGAGCUCUGCUCGGAGGUGAGUGCUGUGCUGAAGCUGGAUAACACAGUGGUGGGCCAGACUGCAUGGAGGACUGUGGGAGAACAGGCGUGGGAUCAGACCUUUACAGUGGAGCUGGAAAGAUCGAGGGAGAUGGAGAUUGCUGUUUACUGGAAGGACUACCGCUCACUGUGCGCUCUGAAGUACCUGAAGCUGGAGGAGUUCCUGGAUAACCAGAAACAUACAGUUCAGCUGGAGCUGGAGCCUCAGGGCCUGCUGCUGGCAGAGGUGACCUUCUUCAACCCAGUCAUAGAGAGAGUUCCUCGUCUCCAGAGGCAGAAGAAGGUGUUUUCUAAGCAGCAAGGUAAAGCUUUCUUGCGUGCUCGCCAGAUGAACGUGGAUAUUGGGACAUGGGUGAGGUUGCUUCGAAAUGCCAUUCCCACCGCCAACAACUCGGGAACCUACAGUCCUCAUGCACACAGCCUGACUCUUAACUCUGGGGAGGUCUCAGUGGAGAAGUUGAGUUUGGACAGCGACUCUCCGAUGAGGGGAGAUUACAAGAGAGACAUGGACACUCAUACCCCGGACCGACCGCCAGUCAUCGAGCCCUUCUCCCCCCCAGACAUCACCCCUGAGUGCCCUGUCCGAACCCCGUCUGUGAGCAGUAAGCAGAAGAAAGGUCCUCUGUCUCUGCAAGACUUCAGGCUCAUUGCUGUGUUGGGGAGAGGACACUUUGGGAAGGUUUUGCUGUCUGAAUACAAGAAAACUGGCACGAUGUACGCCAUCAAAGCCCUGAAGAAAGGAGACAUUAUUGCUCGUGAUGAGGUGGAGAGUUUAAUGUGCGAGAAGCGCAUCUUUGAGAUCGUGAACAUGUCACACCAUCCCUUCCUGGUCAACCUGUUUGCAUGCUUCCAGACUCCAGAGCAUGUGUGCUUUGUGAUGGAGUACACAGCAGGAGGCGACCUGAUGAUGCACAUCCACACAGACGUUUUCACAGAGCCGCGAGCAGUGUUUUAUGCAGCCUGUGUAGUUCUUGGACUUCAGUUCCUCCACGACAAUAAGAUUGUGUACAGAGACCUCAAGCUUGACAACCUGCUGCUCGACACAGAUGGUUAUGUGAAGAUUGCUGACUUUGGAUUGUGUAAAGAAGGAAUGGGCUUUGGGGACCGGACCAGCACUUUCUGUGGUACUCCAGAGUUUUUGGCCCCCGAGGUCCUGACAGAUACGUCGUACACCAGGGCAGUGGACUGGUGGGGACUGGGGGUCCUCAUCUACGAGAUGUUGGUGGGAGAGUCUCCAUUCCCAGGGGAUGAUGAAGAGGAGGUGUUUGACAGCAUAGUGAAUGAUGAAGUCCGUUACCCACGCUUCCUCUCCACUGAGGCUAUUGGCAUCAUGAGAAGGCUGUUGAGAAGAAACCCAGACAGAAGACUGGGCUCUGGUGAGAAAGAUGCAGAGGAGGUGAAGAAGCAGCCAUUUUUCAGAAAUGUGGACUGGGAGGCAUUGCUGCAAAGGAAGGUGCCCCCUCCCUUCGUCCCCUCUAUUGUUGGCAAGGAGGACGUCAGUAACUUUGAUGAAGAGUUCACCACUGAAGCACCAACGCUCACACCUCCACGGGAGCCUCGCGUACUCUCCCGCAAAGACCAGGACAGUUUCCGAGACUUCGAUUACGUCUCCGAUCUCUGCUAGCGGGGCUGUUGGGUGGUUCGCAGACCUCAAGGAAUGUUUCAUUUUGAAGGCUUCCCAGCAGUUUUGUCGCGGCGGUCCAACCGUCUCCACUCACUUUCCAUUAGUUACACUGUGAAUGAAUGCGAGGAGGCCAGCAGCUGUUGGUCUUUUUUGUGCUUCUGCAGCAUUUUAAAGACGGAAGACUGAGAAAUAAAAGCCUUGAUGGGUACCUGAUCGGGUGAAAUGUCCUAUCACAAAGGACAAACCAAGCCCUCCUUUCUCCAAUCAUUGUACAACACACCAGUGAGUUGUGUAUCUUUGCCUUUAAAACACCUCCUCCCAUCCUCUUAUGUAUCAUUGUAGUCAUGUGUAAAGCUGUGAGAGGAGGAGCUCACUCUUUCGUACUGUUGACUCUUUGAGGUUGCUGAACAGCCUCUUAUACCAAUGCCUUACAUUUGUACAUGUAUUUGAUCCACAGAAAAGCAUUUUUGUUUUUAAAUGUGUCCCUCUGAAUGCGGGAUAGAUGAUCAGAUGUACUGCAGAUAAAACUCUCCUUUAAGAGUUACAUGACAGAGUAAAAACAUAGAUAAAUGAGGGGUGAAAUACGACUGACCUACGGGUAAAGGACCACUGUCUUACUUUUAAACUACAUUUUAAAAAAUGUGCUGCUUAGAUUUUAACUUCUGCAACAGAUAUUACAAAUGAUGUGCAGAAAAGGUCAUAUUUAUUAACAGCUGAAUCUGCAAUGCUUUGUUCAAUACAACCAUGUGUUUUUUUCCUUGUAUCAGAGUAGAAUAAUGUGGGUUAUUUGAUAAAAACUGGUGUAGCUCAUAGAAGAAUCACAACCACCAGCAUAUAAAAGCUUCAUUUCAACAAGGAAGUUUAGUGUCUUGAAUUAAAAAAAAGAGAAAACAAUAAGAAGUUAAAGUUUGCUUUGUGACACAUUAAUUCAAGCUGUUUUCACAUAUGCACUCCAGAAAUUUUCUAGAAAGAGUCAGGUGGAUUGCCUCUGAAAUCCUACUGAUAUGAAUUCUUGACAACACUG